GCUUCUCCUGAAAAGGCAGAGUUGCGUCCAGUCUGUUGGCAUCACCGGACUUUUAAGUUCCUAAAGCCAAACAAGCUGCGCGGUGCGACGUCGCAAUUCAACGUAAAGUUGAAAAAGGCGCUCUCCUGUUUUUUGCUGUGAUUUAUUUUUCACGAGUGGUGUUUUCCCCCUUUGUGAUCGAAAGUUUGGAAAUACUUCAUUUUUAAAAAAAAAUUAUUAUUCGGGUUUUGUUUUUGGGCUGUUUUUGUUUUGUUUUUUUUUACAAGUGACUGCGAUUUCACUGGCUGCAUGAAAUAUCAGUGGACAUUUGGAGCUCUUUAAAGAGACCGGCUUUCCAUUUACCAUGACGACUGAGGCGCAUUCACACUUGGGACUGCAGAAACCACCCAUGGAUUUCGUCAGCGACUAUGACUUGAUGAAGUUCGGCGUGAAGAAGGAGACGAUGCAGGGGCUGGAUCGCUCUUUCCAUAGACCAGACUCCGUCUCCUCCACUCCUGGCAGCACACCUUGCAACUCUGUGCCUUCAUCGCCAAAUCUCAAUCCUAACGACCACAGAAACAACGUCGAAAACAGCCAGUUCUGGAUACCCAACAACGGGGGUUAUCCUCAGCAAAUGUACCCUCAGGCUUUUGGCCUGACACCCGAAGACGCGAUGGAGGCCCUCAUCGGAGCCACAGCGCAGCAGGGACACCCAUCUGCGCCCCACGGCCACAAUCCGCCACCUUUCCCGGCUGAUUACGAUGGCUACGGCCACCUAAACGAGCCUGUCCAGCACUACCCGGGUCUUCCGGGUCACUCGGACAUGCAAGGUAUGCCCAACAGCCACUGCCAAGACCCAUAUCUCAAAGAUGACAUGGGGUGCGCAUCCCCUGAGUCGCCGGAGGCCCAGCAGGUCCUCGGUGCGCACCACCAUCUCCAGCAGCAACACAACCGCCACGACAGGCGAUCCAACGCCGAGAUGCACUUCUCAGACGAUCAGCUGGUGUCCAUGUCAGUCAGAGAGCUCAAUCGGCUUCUCAGAGGCCUAAGCAAGGACGAGGUGAUGCGUCUGAAGCAGAAACGCCGGACCCUGAAAAACAGGGGUUACGCGCAGUCCUGCCGCUACAAGCGCGUGCAACAGAAACACAUUCUGGAGCACGAGAAGACGAACCUGCUGUCGCAGGUCGAGCAGCUGAAACAUGAACUCAACAGGCUGAUCCGCGAGAGGGACGCAUAUAAACUUAAAUGUGAAAAACUGUCCGGUGCAAACUGUUACCACGAAACAGGGUCUACCAGCGACAACCCAUCCUCACCAGAGUAUUUAAUGUGAGUUUGUAGAUUUUCUGCAGAACUGAAUCUUUUCCAUGUAUGAGGGGUGGCAUGUUGGCCACCUGGUCGCCUUGCUCCUUACCAAAUAACUCCACGGAUUUAUCAAGUUUAAAAAAAAUCUCGGGCAUAAAGGACACGACUCAACUUAUUGUAAUAGAUGCAACUAGGCAACAAGUAAUGAAUGGAAAUUUGCGAAUAAGCAUGCAUGCAGGACAUGUAUGAGAUGUCUUUAUUUUAUACAGACAUAUCUGUAUUUUGUCUCAGAGGACGUACUUGAAAUCAGAGGAUAUUUGCUUUGAAUAAUUAUGCAACCAUAUUGUUUUGCUUCACUUAUUGUUUGAUCUUCAUUUUGGUGAUUUUGCUUUGCUUUGCUUUUUGUAGCCAGGAUUAUAUUUCGUGUUCAUCCUUUCUUUAUAUAGAAAACAUCUAAUGUUAGAAAGCACACGUCUAUUGUUUUUAUGAAGCUGAUUCUGCUGGACAGAUGUGUUCCUUAUUUGCUUUUCUUUUCAAUGUAAUACACAGUUAUGCAAAUAAUUAUGCAGAUUUUCAUUUUUUUCAUCUACAAUGUUUGUUUGUUGAGUUUUUUUUUAAAUUCAUCUACUAUGGAUCAAUAAACCUAUUGUGACAUUUUAAAA